AGUUGUGCUGAUUCUCCGUUUUUAUCGUCACUGAUUCAGCACUAUCUAGUAAUGGCCAAACAAUAUAUAAAAGAUAUGACAGUGGCAGAUUUCGCGAAGGAAAAUGGUUUCAUGGAAAGCCAGAUCCCGAUGACUCAAGCAUUCGCACCGGGUCCAUCAUCAGCAGCCCCGGUGUUGCUUCAGAGGAAUCGCCAAGAGAGAGUUAUCGAUGUGGGAUCGUCAAUGGCCGGGACAUCUACAAGGAAAAGAGUGAAAAAAUCUAUUGACAAACUAUGUAAAAAUAGGAAAAUGUCUCGAAUCGAUGAAGAACCUGGUACUGAGGCUGCAGGUAGCAGCACAGACAUUUGCUUGACCACGACAUCGAGAGCUGUGGAUGUGGCUUGUAACACACACUUGCCUUCGACAGCGGGAACUGCAGAUGCGGCUUGUAACACAGACCGGAUUCCUGUAGUGGAAACUGCAGAUAUGGGUUGCAAUACGAACCCGCUUCCUGCAGUAAAAACUACAGAUGUGGCUUGUAACACGGAAGCGGUGAUUUCCUCUGGAGAGGCUCAAAUAUCGUCUUUCCGCGAAACAACCGAUGAAGAAAUGGAGGAGGCUGAGAUUCAAAGUGAUCGCCAAAAGAUGCGACUGUGCAGUGAGCAUAGCGAAGUGGAUAUGCCGGAGAUGAUCGACCAUGGUGUCCAAGUGGAACUUUUAGCCGGAAGUGAUAUUCAGCAGGGAUCCGCGCUACAUCCUACGGAGAUUCUAGCGCAUGUAGAAGCAGCUGUAAAUGCAUUCCAUAACAGAAGUUAG